UCGACCUUUGUACAGCUGCACAUCAACGGGAGCUGGCUUUGUUUGGUGGUGACGGGCUCUGCCAGCUCGCGCUUGCUGUGUUUUCUCCUGCUGAACUCAGGGUCAUCCGGCUUGCCCUCUUCUGCCCCCUGGAGCUAUGGGCAACAAAUUGAAGAAUUGGUACAUCCCAGCAGCCCUUCUGCUUCUGGGCACAUUUUCCCUCACAGCCCUGAUCCUCAGCUUGGUGGGAAUCCACAGUGUCUCACAACCUCCUGGGAACAAGUAUGGGCUGGUGUUCGACGCGGGCUCAUCCCACACCUCUCUGUUUGUCUACCAGUGGCCAAUGGAUAAAGAGAACAACACAGGGGUGGUCAGCCAAACCUUCUCCUGUCAUGUUAAUGGGCCCGGGAUAUCAAGUUACGCCAGCAACCCGCCGCAAGCAGGUGCUUCCCUCAAGAAAUGCCUGGAUGCAGCCAUGAUGGUGAUCCCCCCAGAGAGGCAGAAGGAGGCACCGGCUUAUCUGGGGGCCACAGCCGGCAUGAGGCUCCUCAGAAUGGAGAAUGAAUCUGUGUCAGCACAAAUUCUGGAAGAAGUCUCCAAGACAAUCAAGCAAUAUCCUGUGAGUUUCCAAGGUGCUCGGAUCAUUUCUGGAGAGGAUGAAGGCACUUACGGCUGGAUCACUAUCAACUAUCUGUUGGACUCCUUCACCAAGUAUUCAGCUAAAGACAGAGACUGGAUCCACCCCCCAACAGCCAAUAUCUUGGGAGCUUUGGAUCUCGGAGGAGCGUCCACUCAAAUUAGCUUUGUUCCAGCUGGCCACAUCGCCAACCCAGAUGAAGCUGCUCAGUUCCGACUCUAUGGCUUUGAUUACACCAUCUAUACCCACAGCUACCUGUGCUUUGGCCAGAACCAAGCCCUGCAGCGCCUGAUCCAGAUUAUUGUCAAUUCAAGCACGUCAGGCGAAGUUGAUCACCCUUGCUAUCCAGCUGGUUACAAGGAUGAGAUAUUGACAGCAUCGCUCUACAGCAGUCCGUGUGCCGAGCAAUCAGACCCACCUCCAGCCUUGAAGAAUGUGACUCUGAUGGGCACAGGCAAUGCAAGCCUUUGCCGGGAGACCUUCAAGCAGAUCUUCAAUUUCUCAAACCGCAGCCAUAAUGAAUCCUGUGGCUUCAAUGGGGUCUACCAGCCUAAUGUCAACGGAAAAUUUCUGGCUUUUUCUGCCUAUUACUACACCUUCCACUUCCUGAAUUUGACUGAAACCCAGCCACUGGCCACCGUCGAAAAGGAUACUCAGGCAUUCUGUGCCAGGACAUGGGACGAUCUGAAAUCCAGUUACCCCAAGGAGAAGGAGAACUACCUGAAAAACUACUGCGCCAAUGCCAACUACAUCCUCACCCUCCUCUUGGACGGUUACGGCUUCCGAAACGACACCUGGAACAAUAUUGCCUUCCGGAUGCAGGCUGCCAACACAGACAUCGGGUGGACGCUGGGCUACAUGCUCAACCUCACCAACCUGAUCCCCUCGGAGGCCCCCCGGUCGCUGAGAGGACACGAGGAGGGGGUGUGGGCAGCAAGCGUCUUCUUCAUUGCCGCUGCUCUGGCGCUCAGCCUCAUCCUGCUGGCCGUGCAUUUCCUGCGGUGAGAGAGAGGGAAGGGCGCCAUUUUGGACCGUCUGCCCGCCCUUCCGACACAGCAAGGAUUUUGGGGCAUCCGUGCGGGCAAAAGUGUGGCUCUCAGCUCACCAGCCCCUCCGCGGAUUCCCAGGCAAAUAAAUAUCAGAGGGAUUGUCACUGGCGGAAGCUACCAAGCCGGACCAAAUGCCCCAGCCAACCCCUCGCUGGGACUCAACAGGACCAACACUGGCUACUUGUCCAACAGUCAUUGAUCAUGCAUUUAAUUUUGGAAAGUACAUGCAGAAGAUAAUUUAAUUGCAACCUCGUUUUAUUUAACUUUUUGGUAGUGCAUGAACCAGAAAGUCCCUAGUUCGAAUCAUACUCCCGCCAGGAACCGUUGCCAAAGGCAAGCCACUCUCUCAGCUGCCCAUCUGCAAAAGGGGGGGGGACAAUAAUACUGCCCUACCUUACAGGGCUGUUCUUAAGAGUCACUGGGGAUAACGGAUGAAGUGCACUGACCCUCCCCCCACAAAAGUGCUCUGUCGAGAUCAUUAUUAUUAACUAAUUAAAAUUAAUGGUAAUGGGAACAUAGGAAGCUGCCUUAAACAGAGACAGACCGUUGGUCCAUCUAGCUCAGUAUUGUCUACACGGACUGGCAGCAGCUCUCCAGGGUUUCAAGCAAGGGAUCUCUCCCAGUCCCACCUGGAGGUGCCGGGGACUGAAUUUGAGAGUGUCUGCAUGGAAGGCAGAUGCUGGACCACUGAGCUAAUAUUAAUAUUGUUUCUUAACUGCGGUUUUCUUGGGAGGACUGAGGGCUUCUGCCUUCACCCACUGCUGUUCAUAAUACUGAUGUGUUGUUCAGACGACUUUUCCUUUUGGCUUUUGCAAUGACAUGGCUGUGAUUGCAUCGUACAUCCACGGUUUACCAUGCCAAUUGGUGGUGCCCGUGCAAGCAGCAUGCACGUUCAGAGCGCAAAGGCUAAAAACUGCUCAUCAGGCCUAAAAAGCUGGUGUUGGCAGCAAGGAGAGAGAGAAAUGUUUUAAAGCAGAACAUAAGUUCUCAGCUCCGGACAAGGAAUUGCAGGGUGUUGGGGAUUUGGUAUGUAUAGUAGCUACUGUGGGAGGAGGAAUUUUAAUGCAAUACAAAUACUGUAAAUACUUGGGAUAAUUGAUUCUAUAGGGCUGUUCAUCCUCUUCCAUUUUGAUACUCCAGACCUGGUUUUGGUACUCCAUUUUCACACAGAGAGAUUUUCGUGUGUGAAAUAGCCUCUCCUAACCCCAUCAGAAGGGAUGUGCUCGAUUUCUGCCCAAUUUGGAUUUGAUACCAAUUUUUCCAUUCAUUCACUUAUUCUCUAUCGUUGUGGAUUGGAUUUUUAUAUAGCGAUUUUCCGUGGCUAUUUUUGAAAAGCAGAGGCUAGUGGACAAAGAAUGGACUCGAAUCGAUACCAGCCUGUUAGGUCGACAGAAGGAUUUCAAAGCUGCACUAGCCAACGGAUUGUUGGUGCGUGUGGAAUUGCGUGUCCGGCUCUUUACAGGUGAACAGCAAGACGUUCAAGAAAUCCAAGCACAGACAGAAAACUUGUAUAAGAGUCCUUUACUUUUGGACAUUAAAGUAGCGAAACAGCAUACAAGGCUUUUCUCUUCCCCUCACGAUUACAACACCUCCCUAGCAAGACUUUUUCCCCACAGAGCUUCUUUCGGUUUCUCUCCAGCCUUUUGUAGAUAAGACUGGCCUCGCUGGGCACAGCUGCCUCCCAACGUCCUUGGUGCUCAUCCUGGCUGGAUUAACCCCAUAACUACAGUUUUGCUCUUCUACUCAUGUGAGGCACAUACGCACAUACACACAUAUCCAACAGCCCCCACCUGUGUCUCACAUGUAUAUAAUCAAUACAUACAGGUAUUUACAACUUUACAACUUAACAUACCUUUGCCUUUGUACAGUACAGUUUAUGUUCACCUUGCACAAUUUAUUUAUUUAAAGCUUUAUUUAUUCACUGAAUUUAGGUUUUACACAAGUCACAUAUAAUGUUUCUGCAUCCAUUUCAUGUUCACUGUAUGCACCUGGGCCGCUGACUAUACCCACUGUGAAUCUGUCCGGCAGCUUCCCUAUGUUAGCCCUCUCGGAGCGCCUCAAGGGAACUGGAGCUUCGGCUCCCACUGUACCACCACUAUCUGCACUUGUACCUGGCAUUGCUUGUUCAGGUGAUGUCAGAUCAUCAGCUUUUCUUUUCUUUGUUUUACGUUUGCCCCAUAUUAAUUCAUUUAGAGCAUCUUUCAAUGGUAUUUGAGUCUCUUCUGUUUUCACCCCUUGCGUUGGUGCAUUGUCUGACUCAUUUAGAACAACAGACUGGUUUUGGUCCCACGGCUUGACUGAGAUCUUUAUGCUCCUACUCAGCACAACUUGCUGUGUCUUAGGAACCCAAACCCUGUAAAAAGCAUGUUGGAAACCCAGCACAAAUGCUUCCUGUGCUCUGGGAGCCAGUUUCCCAUGCCUUUUUCCCUUUGGAAUAUGUACCCAGCACCUAGCCCCGAACCGCUCAAUGUGUUGCACCCUCGGCUUUCUUCCCGUGAGUUUCUCAUAGGGUGACAUCCCAAUGAGACUGUGUAACACCCUGUUGUGUAUGUAUGUUGCAUACAAGAUGCACUUUCCUCAAAAUGAGCCUGCUAGGCUGGAAUCUCCCAACAUGGCUCUCAUCGAUUCCUGAAGGGCUCUAUUUUUUCUCUCUGCAACCCCGUUAGAAAACGGAGAAAAUGGAGCUGUGAAGUUUUGUUCUAUUCUUUGCUUUCCAGGAAUUCAUGCAAUGUUUUGCCUGUGAAUUCCCCCCCCUGAUCUGAGCGUAUACGUUUCACUGUAAUGCCAUGCUGUGUUUCGAUGCUCCUGAUAAACAGACGUAGCUUCUGUUCUGCCUCAUCUUUUCUUUUCAGUAAAUAAACAUGACAGUACCUCGUAAAGUCAUCAACCACGACCAUGAAGUAUUUAGCACCCCCUCGUGAACUUUGUAUUGGCCCUGACAGAUCAACAUGAAUCAGUUAGUAGGGAGCGGUUGUGGAGCAUUCCGCCUCUUUAUUGAUGGGUGCAACCGUAGCCUUCGCUUUACAACAGGCAUCACAAUCCAUCAGUUGCCCACACUCUGUCAGUUUCAUGUUUUCGCUAUGU